CCUUCCUAGGUAAUUGUUCAAGAUGAAGUGUUCUCUUGGAGAAGAUGUCAUACUUGACAUAUUGGAGGAUCAGUUGUCCUGCGUGGAUGUUAUUGAACGAAAACUUUGUGCCUUGGGGAGAGAGGUUUGAAUCCAUUUAUCUCUUUUUUAGUUUAAUGUACUAGUUUUUUGGGGGGAUUGCAGAUAUUAAGUCUUGAAUGCAAACAUCACCUUGCAUUUUGAUGUUUGCAAGAAGACCCUGAUUAUGUGGUGAGCUCUUCAGCCUUUUAAAGUCCUUGUGAUUGUUCAUACUUAUAGAAGUACUACAAACAUUAUGUUGUGUUUUAACAUAGAUUUAUCAUUCAUUUGUACAAGGUUAAUCCUGUUUUUUAAAUCUGUAUUGGGAUGAUUACUCUAAGUGAUAUAAUGUGUAAGAAACAAAAGCAAUGUAUUAUAAGAUUAAACAAAUGUUUUAAUCUUCAUUUUGCUGGGGUUAACUGAAUAAAAAUUUUAACUUGUAAUCUACAAGUUGAACCAUUGUAUUUAGAAGUACCGACAAAGACAAGUUUAAUAACCAUUGUUACAAGUCCAGGUUGCAAGUGUCCAGUUAGUAAUUACAGGUGUAGCACUAUAAUUGUAAAAGAUGGUAAGUAUCAAAUUUGAUAAAACUAUUGGAAGAGUCCAACUUGUCUUUUAAUUAAUAAGGGUCCAACUUGAAAAUCACUUGUGCAAAAUACAAGUUUCACAUCACUUGUAGACAUGGACUACUACUUCUGAAAAAGGACAUUGGAGUGUCACAAUAUGUCAUCCUCUAGAGAAGGGGAAUUCAACAAGCUGCUGAGACAUCAAGUUAUCUGUUAACCAAGGAAUUCCUAAAAUAGAUGGCUUUUCAACAUCAAAAAUCCAGGGAAAUUAGAAGUUUAGAAGUUUCGUCUGCCUGUGGAGGCCUCAGCAAUGGCAAGACAGCAACUUUUAGUGUUUCUCCACUUCCAUGGAAUAAAUUCCUUCUAUAACUUAAUGCACUCUUGUCAUGGUGUCUCCUCAUCAACAGUAUGGCAUAUCAUUCAUCACUUUGUCCCUGCAAUAAUUAGCUUUUGAUGGGUGUUCAUAUGAUGGCCUGGCUGGCCUCUUAGUAUUGCCUCUGAAUUCAGAGACAUUGCAGGCUUUCUGUGUGUUGCAGGCUGCUUUGAUGAAACUCGCAUCCCUGUGAACCCACCUUGCAAUGAUGAAGAUACCUACAUCAACCUCCAUCAUUCCAAAUCUCAAUGUUGCCAUGGUAGCAGGCCCAGAUUACACCAUCAUCUUCUGGACCACUAAUGAGCAACAAGGGAGUAGACAAUUCCUGGAAGCAGUUAUUUAAGGCAACUCUGCCUACACCUGCAACAACUGGUGGAUCCCCCCUUUCAGAGGAGAGGUGGAAGGGGCUUGCCGCAGGUUUAAUAAGGUGCAUGAGAAAACACAAUGCACUAUUGAAAGGGAACAUGGUGUUCUCAAGAAGAGGUUCCAAGCUCUCCAGACAACCAUGUGAGAAUGAGAAACAGGGAAAAAAAAUGACAAUAGCAUUCUCAUUUCAUUACCAACCAGGCUCACAUGUUUAAGAAGGUUGAUUCAUUUAAAUGUGGAUUAUGACUAUUUACCUUCAAAGCUAGGAGUUGUUGUGACAACAAUCUCCUCUCCAAAUACAAUAUCCAGAUCGUUGACUUUCACUGGCUCUGUGUUGGCACUUUCAUGGCUUAAAACAUUGGGGACAGUCUCAUCUUCUCAGUUUACUCUCCACUCCCCCUGCACCAGUCUUCUUUGAUUUGCUUACUUUUUUGUGUGGAGACCUAGCCUACAGAUGGUAGCCCAUAGAACAUUGGAGGGUUUGGGCACUGUCUAUGUUUGUGCUAAGGCCAUUUAAUUGCAUAUGAAACUUUUCCCAUGUUGCUUGCUUUACUUUCUCUAUCACUGGUGCUAAAACUAUUAUUCUGUGUUCCCUCAUGAGCUGAGCCAAAAGAAAAUUUUGCUGUGUGGAUAACAUGCCGAAUGACUGACAAGAAUAAAACUGUAAGCAAACAAAGCAAAGCAGCAUAUGUUGAAGGGAAAGUAAUGAUUUUUAACUGCAUUUGUAAAAGAUGUGCUAACAUUCAAGCAGAGUCAACAUUUAUAAAAGGGUCACAAUUGUGGUUCACCAUAAGUGGUAAGAUGGCAGGAAAAAAUAGCUAUUAAGAGUGAAAAUUGACAAAUUUUAACCAUUAGUCGUAGAGAAAAUAAACCGCGAAAGAAAAUUCUUUCAAAACUAAUGGGAAGAAAGUAACCUUUAGCCUCAAAAUCCAUCACCCUAUUGAGACUGUCUUGUAUGAUUCUACCAUUGUAAUUUACACUUGUGUACUGACUCGAGAUACAUGUGUAAAUUCCAGUGUGGAAUAUUGUUUUAUUAAAUUCUUGUCAUUACAAGUCAGACUUUACCUGCAUAUAUUACACAUGUGAAAACUACAAGUGUAUUUUCUUUAUUAAAUUGACCCCUGUUGUUUUUUUUGUACCCAAGGACCCUGAUGAUGCCUUUUAUAUAGUAAACCUGGCUGAUGUUCUUCUUAAACACAAGAAGUGGGUUUCUCUUCUUCCCCGAAUAGAACCUUUUUAUGGUUAGUGGAUUUUUUUUUUCCUCUAACAAGAUAGAGAUUUUAUGUGGACUACUGUAGAAUAAAACUACCUUUUAAUUUUGUUAAUCAGUCAACUUUUAAAUCCAGACAUUGUAAUGGCUGAAACUGCAAUUGUUUGUUUUGUCUCCUUGUAGCAAUGAAGUGUAACUGUGAUCCUGUAGUCCUAAAGAUGUUAGCAGGGUUGGGAAUUGGUUUUGAUUGUGCAAGCAAGGUAUUAAAUUUCCUGUUUAGCAUUAUCACCUAGUAAAGUCACUGUGGUGUUCUUUUAUGAGUCUCUCAUUUAUUUUGUAUUUUUUUAAACUUUUUUUGGCAGAUUGAAAUGCAAACUAUGUUAGGGAUGGGUGUGCCCCCAUCUAAGAUUGUGUAUGCCAAUCCUUGCAAGCAGGCUUCUCAUCUCAGGUUUGUUAAGCUACUUUGCUAUUAACAUAGGGUGCCUGAUCUUUACUGAUAAGGAGCUGCAGAUGCAAAAGUGUUCUUGGUUUGUGGUAAUCAUAAAUUCAAUCAAAAAUUAUCCCAUGCUGAAUUUACAUUAAUUGAUACAAAUGCAAAUAUGCAAUAUAAAAUGUAUACACACUGUGUAUGCUACAUGAGAUAUAACAAAGCCAUACAACCAUUGAUAUUAAUACUUUGUUUGUUGGUCUUGAGAAAGUAAUGUUAUACUGCACUGUAUGCCCUAGUUGAUUGGUUCUAAAUUUCCAUUGCCUACAACUGUCCUUACACAGUUAAGAGAAUUAGAUUUAUGAUUACUCUCUAGAGUUGAAGGAUCUUUUGGCCUUCUUUCUUUCUUAUGAUUUUGGUAUGUUUCACAUUAGAUAUAUUUUACAAUUAAAAUUUUCAGAUUCUCUGAGAAGCAUGGAAUUUCCUUGAUGACAUUUGACAAUGAGCUGGAGUUGCACAAGAUCAAAGAGUUGCACCCUGCAGCAAAGUAAAUAUUACCUCUUAAGUUGGAAGUACUGAGUAGAUACAGGAUAGGCUAUGUCAAACAUCCUAAAAAAAAGAUACAGAGAAGGAUGUGUUGAACAACACUCCUGGGACCUUUGCCACUGUAUGCUGUUCGCAAGUGUCAUUGUUCACGGUUGUUAGUAGAAGCUGGUAGGUGGUACAGACCUGUCAGCUGUGCUACUUUUGUGCCAGCUACCUAACAAGUAGUGCUCAAAGACAACUGAUUAUAACUUUGAUGUUGUAGAGAAAAAAGGCCCAAAGAUGUCCGAGAGUGCUGAAAAUCUUGUCUCAGAGAGUUUAAUAUUUAAAAUUUUUUCAGGGGAACAUGCCCUCAGACCUUCAUAUGAAGGGCAUAUUGCAUAAAACCAUGCUUGCUGCACAAGCAUAAUAAAAUUCAGCCACCUACUCAGUUGAGAUCAUGCAUCUAUUAUGUUUGCUAAUAACAACCCUGCCAUUUAAAAGUACUUGAACUUAGCCUCUGUUUAGCAUCCUUAGGUCUUAUAAAGCGAUUUCUCCUUGUAAUAGAUUACUUCUGCGCAUCAGGACAGAUGACUCCAAGUCCCUCUGCCAGGUUAGCACAAGGAUUUUUGCUGCUUCUUGUGGGUGGGUUAGUGAAAGCAUGUUGUCUGGAAAGAUGUAUGGAAUAGUUUUUUUAGCUGUGCAAAACCACCAUUAACUUAAAGAGGGUAAUUUGUAAAGGGACAACAAUGAUUAAAGUAAAAGCAAGAUCUUCAGAGUACAGUGAGGAUUAAAGUGGUUUGCAAAUCAUGAUUUUUAAAAUAGAGUUUAAAUAUUUCAAGAUGCUCAAAUGCUGAUCUUGUCCUUGGUGGUGAAUGUGACUUGUAUAUUCCCCAUCUUCUUGGCCCACCUGACUACCCACUAUGGUGACACGUUGCAGAUUUUCUGUUAGUAAAACUAUCUUAUUGUUUUAAUUAGCUUGGAAUCAAGUAUGGUGCUCCUUUGAAGCAAUGUCGUCAUCUUCUUUCUGUUGCCCAUGCACUUAAUUUGAACAUAAUUGGAGUAAGGUAAGAUAGUGAAAAAUAUGUUUUCCUACUUUUUUUUUUUUUUUACUUUUCUGAAUUCUUUGGCUAUGAUGAAAAUGACUUGCCCUUUCUUAAUUUUCUUAUGUGAUGAGUAUGUUAAUGUACUCUCUGAGCCAGUUUGAUCUGAAUGAUUUGGUGUCAGAUCACUUUGUUCUUCUUGGAUUGAAAAGUUGUUUUGUUCUGUUUAGUUUUCAUGUUGGCAGUGGAUGCUAUGAUGCAAGUGCAUAUGCAACAGCCAUUUCAGCUGCUCGAAGUGUGUUUAACGUUGCUGUGAGUAACGCUGGAUUUAUGUUAAUAAUUCUGAUAUCAAGAGGAAUCAACAUCAUUAUUUCAUUAUAUUAGUUGUGGUUCAAAGUUAAUCAAAUGAUUAAAUUUUAACUCCCCUUGCAAAAGUAACUCCUUGGACUUGCACGUGCAGGGGAUAAUUUGUGUGCAUAAGCCACCAAGUGAAGGGAGGAAGUUCAUAUUUGGUUUGUUUGGGCAUCAUAGAUGAGGGCUUUUUUUUAGUAGAAACCUUGAAGUAAUACAUGACUUUGCUAAAACUGCAUCCAGAUGAAUGCUGGGACUGGCCAACCGUGUACCAGGUUCCUCAAGAAACAUGUUGUUUUACACUUCCUCUAUCUUUGUUAUUGUUGUGUGAGAUGCAGAGCCCAUAAAAGAGUUACAGAAACUCAUCAAUUGGAAAUAAAGAUUGUUGUUGACAGUUGGUACCUUUAGGGAUGUCUACUGUCGUUUCCACAUUUCCACAGAGAUCAAUGAUCUUGUCCCUUCAUGGACAGAAAAAAGGUUUGCAAACACAGCUUCAAAAGAAUUUUUUGGUUCUGUACCUCACACAACAACAGCAAAGAUCAAGGCUGUGUGAAAUAAUAUAGUGGUUAAGCAAGAGGACGGGAGCAUCAUUUCAGAAUGGCGCGCGCAGCAAAAAUGCUGAGAAAAAACUGGGUUGAGAAUCCCGCCGUCGUGUUGAAAAGUGACUUAGCAGUUGUUUCAACAAACCGUCCAUGUUAUAUUUGUUCUUGAAUAUCCUAACCUUGGCUCUUUAGGAUCAUUAUCAGCUUUGAAUUUUCAGUUUCAUGGACCAUUUGAAGGACAACGAAAUUAUCCUCUGUGAGAGAGUAACAAGCACAAACUGAGAAUAGUUUACUACAAGCGAGUUGUUAAUAUGAAUCCACAUGGGCGAUUAAAUUUUGAAAUUAUUUCAUUCCAGUUCAGUCUCGAGUCUGCAGAUUCAUCUAUCAAAUUUUGAAGCCCACUAAAUAUUUUUUUCCCUAUGAUUUGUAUCGCUGUCAUUUCGUUUCUUGCUUCUAGAUUUUAGCACUACUCUUUUUUCUUUAUAAUUUGGUAAAGUACAAUUUGGAAUUGAAAUCGUCGCCGUUUUUCCCUUGUUUACUGAAUAUUCUUCUCAAUCAUGACAGUACACCUCUUUUAAGCACCACCUUCUUAGAGUUGCAAUGCAUUUUGAACGGAGUUAUCAGGAAUUUUGGCAAAAACAUGUAGAGAUCAAGCAACCCAAUGAUGGAGUUGUUUACAAUGAGUUCCCGUUUAACCAUAAACGAAUGAAAUGCACUCAAGCUAGUCACCAGUGAAAUGGUUAGACUGAGGAAUCAGACUUCGUUCUUGUUUUAUUUUGUUUUUGUUUAAUUUAAUUUAAUUUUUUUUAACGAAUAAAGUCGUUCAAGACUGAAUCAAAUUAAUAGAUUUAGAGAGCCUUGCCGAAAUCACGUUGAUUGUUAUUUUCUUUUGUAGAUGACUUUCUUAUCUAGGUUUUCACCGGUGCUGAUCAAAACUAAAGACAUAAAAAAGUGCAAACCCAAGCUAUUCUCAAAUUUUUUGUUAUCUCUGACUUCAAUUCGUAGAACACUUUUUAAUCACGGUUAAAACGACAAUGACAACAGAUAACACUGAAUAAUAUAGCACGUAACCUUAGUGUUGUUUUAUUUUGAUAAACUUCAACAUGAAGCAAGUUUAAUUUAUUGAUGAAUUAGUUCACGAUAAAAUUAACAGCACCCGUUCUUAAGAGUUUUCAUACAUGGUUUAAGAAAUGUAUGAAAGAAAAGCCCUUACACGCUCAAUUACAAAAGGUAACUGAGCCCUAAAAUCUUAGAUCACUUGCUGACGGUCGUGUUUUUUCUUGGGAAUCCAGAGUAAAUGUAGCAGUAAAUUUUCACAAAUUCACCGAAUAAAACAGAGAAAGGAACCUGGUUAUCCUGGAAAUGAAUUCUGAAAUCAUUCCAAACUGCAUUAUCUCGUCUUUAAGUGCACAAUUAACACAGAUCCUAGGCGUUUUGAUCGGAAGUCGAAUUAGAGUCGUGUCCAGAUUAUCCACGCGCUUUCCCGUUCUGAAACGACGUUCCCAUCCUUUUGCGAAACUACUCUAAUAUACCCCUUAAGGGACCACAUAUAGGGUUGGCCAAUCCUAAUGUUCAUUCAGACCCUAGAAUUAGCAAAGUUGAGUAAAGGUCUUAAAGGAGGGUGAAAAUGCACAUUGGCCUUAAACGAUAAACCUGAAAAAUAAGACCAAAUUGGGUGCCUCUGACUGCCUUGUCCAAGCCUCUGUGUACCAGUUUCUAAAUUAUAUACUCUUCUAAGCUAAUUUUUUCUCUGUCUUUGCUCAUUAAUUUUGAAUUUCAACUCAGGUUGAGAUGGGAUUUGAAUUUUCAAUGCUUGACAUUGGUGGUGGUUUCCCUGGAGCGCCAGAUGCGGCCAUUACUUUUGAAGAGGUUAGGUUUUGUGAGUAUGUGUGAACUUCAUAGUGAGCUUCAACAAGCCAUAGUUCCUGAAACGACUAAAGUGCUAGUUGUACAUUUGCAACAAUAGGACUUUGCUGGUAUAAAAGCACAAGAUAUUAUCAGUGCGUCAACCAUUGUCACAUUACAAAAUAUGAAUAUGGAGUACAGGUAAACAAGUAUAAGAUAGAUGAUGGUGAUCAUGUUGACUUGUGAAGCAUGGAUGCCUUUGAUCAAGGUGUAUAACCAUCUAGCGUACUGAAAUUAAUCAUUUAUAGAGUAGUGAGCAUCAACAAAAAGUGUCUACAUUCUGAUACAAACAAUGAAGUAGUAUUUUUGUUCCCUUGAUUCCCUCUUGUAGGUUUGUUCUAUUCUGAAUCCACUAUUGGAGGAACAUUUCCCAGUAAGCUCAGGUAUCCGCAUCAUAGCAGAACCAGGCCGUUACUAUUCUGCAUCAGCCUUUACUCUUGUUGUCAAUGUUGUUGCUUGUCGUUCUGUGAAGGCCAGUCAGUUUAAUGGAAAUGAUCUGACCAUUGGUACUCCUGAGUACAAGGACUCUGAUGAGCUGGUAAGUUUUACAAAAAUAAAGUCUCCUCAAAAUUACAACUGAUAUGAAAUCAUAGGAAAAUUAAAUCUCGUAGGAAGAGCAAAUCCAUUACAAUUAUGUGAAUUUUCAAAUCAAUGCACACAAAAUGAUUACAGCUGAAAAUGAUUUUCAUGACUGUUGUUGAAUGGCAUGACCCUACCACUUGAAUAGUUUUUGUUUUUGUUUUUUUUUGCUGAUGUGAAAUUACCCCUCUCACCUCAAAUGGUGUUGAGCUCAGCAAAUAUUUUUUAUUUUUUAAAUCUUUACCAAAUGAAGGCUGCUUAACUUAGAUUUUUGUGUAGUUAGGUAUUAAGUGGUUUUAAUUUUCUGUUACAGUUUUGGAUAAGGGCAUAAAUGUAUAGUAGAUUAAAUGAAGUCAAUCUUUUUUAUUCAUGUUUGGUAACCAAUUGUGAAUAUUCAAUCUCCACUCCAGGGUUUCAUGUAUUACAUCAAUGAUGGUGUGUAUGGUUCCUUUAACUGCCUGGUCUUUGAUCAUGCAACUGUGCACCCUGAAGUCUUUGGUGCUGAACAAACUGCUCCAAAAUUUCCUUCAAGCAUUUGGGGCCCCACUUGUGAUUCUUUGGACUGUAUCACCAAGAGUGCAUUCUUGCCAAAGGUAUAUUUUGAGCUUUAAAUACAAUUUUAAGUAUUAUUGUAAGUAGUUUUACUCUUUGCAAUAUAUGUCACUGAUUCUAUCUUUGAGGUUACACAAGCUUGGAGACUUUGUUCAGAAGUUUGAAAUAAUAAGUUAAAGGAAUUAAUUUACAUUUACCACCUUUUUUCAUGUGCCAAAUGUGGGUCAUUAGUCCUGAGAAGAAAUUUCAAUUUUCAUCUUCUGUUUGAAUUAGAUUGAAGUUGGGCAGUGGCUUUAUUUUAGAAACAUGGGAGCUUAUACUUGCUCAGCAGCUUCUACCUUCAAUGGAUUCAACAAACCUAUGAAGUACUACACUAUUUCUAUCAGCUGCUGGUAAGGAAAAGAGGCUAAAUAUUUCGGAAGUUGUGUCAUGUAUGAUUGGAUGAUUUGGUUUUAUAAAAAGAGUUGGUAAUGUAAAUUAACCACUGUAAAGGGUUUCUAAAACUUGCAUUUCAAGGAUUAGCAUGUUGUCAGAGCAAAUUACCGGUACAAGGGCUCAGACAAAUGGCUAAUGCUUCAAACAUCAAUUAAGAAACUCCUUACCAUAGCCAAGUUGCAUUAUCAACUCAGUUGAUAAGACCAAAUUAUAUUAUAAUAAAUCCCCCUUCUCAGUGACACAGUACCACUGUUACUUCAGGAGCUAACCCCCUUUAUUCAUGCAUGAUUGUUUACUUUGGAGUCAGGGAGAACGGAAUGAUUUGGUGUGUGUACUUGAUCAAGACAUUUGACUUGACAUACUUGUAGUGCCUCUUUUUAUAUUUUGGACCAAAUGGUUCCUGGCAAAUUUGUAGGGUGGUUUGAAGAACUGCUAUUAGUUUGUGUGAUUGUCUAAAGGAAUUGCAAUGUAGGUCUUGUGGAUGGUUUUUUAAAGAUGUGCAAAUUACUUUAGGGUGUCCUUUGUUAUUGAAUACGUUUAGGAAUGUAAUCUGUUCUUCUGAUUUAGCAAAAUUGAAAAACAUGGCUUUGAUUUUGCUCUGUGUAAACUUACCAGAAUCUUUAAAAUCGAUUUAACUCCUUGGAAUUUUAUCUUUUCCUCAUGGGUUUGUUAGAUAUUUUUAGUUAUUGUUGACAUUUUCCCUUUUGUACUUGGAACGUUACCAUUAGGGUUUUAUCAUCCUUUUCUCAGGCCUAUGCUGAAAAAAGUCUUGGAGAAGAUUGGUUUGAAUGUGCACUGGCCUUGUCACAUCUCUGUAGAUCACAAGACGGCCAUUGGUAAUGGUCCUGAAUCCUUGGAAAUAAUCACCUCUGCUCCAUAACUUAAGAGGGAAGAGAGAGAAGAAAACCUGCCCCUCUUUGAUUAAUCUCUUCCCUAGUGAACUGAGAACCAAACAUAAGGAUUAAAAAGGGUUGCUAUUACAAUAAGCAGAAUACAAAUAUUAUACCAGAUUUAACGUUUUGAAGUUAAGUACCCAUAUUUAAAAACUCGACAUUGUUACAGAGGUAGAACUGAAGUGUUACAAGUAGUUUUAAGUUGCUUUAGUAUCUAAUCAAUAACAACAUGAGAUAACCGUGAUCCACUUAUUUGAUCGAGAUUUGUGGCUGUUCAUCGUUAUGUUUAUGCUAUGGCUUAGCAUGAGGUCUCUUGGCAAUGCACCAAAGAAAAGGGUAUAUUUAUAAAUUACAAUAUGUCAUAAUCGUGUGAAAGGAGAUUUUAUUCGUUAUAGUCAUGGAUUUUCCUUACAUUAGUCAUGUUACUGUUGAGUUGUUGUACAACAUAGCAGUGAAAGGUUAUUUAAUAUUAAGAAUUGUGUUGCUGGUCUCUCCACAAGGGUUGUUGGGCAUACAAAAUGUAAUAGCUCCACGAAUGCGCAAUUAUAGAACCAAAUUGGAGUUGACUGAGUUUUAAAAACGCUGUAAUUGUUAAUUCAUGAAAGAAAACUAAUAAAUCUGUAGUUAAAGGGC